CGGCACGAUGCUUGAAAAGUAACCCCGCACUCCGAUGACCUCCGACCGACUCGGCUUCAAUUGGCAACAGGGGCAGCUGGGGCAGCAGCAGGGGGGGUUCAGAGUCAUAGUGCUCAGCAAUAGCUGCAAAUGCAUGGGAAAGCUUUACAAUUGAGUCAUCUGGACAUCGAUAGCUUGAUCCACCGUUGAAUGCGGUCGUUUUCCAUUUUUUGUCGGACGCCCAAUCCUGCCCGAAGGUUUGUUCCGCGUUUUACAUCUCCAUGUGCAUCUAGAUCCAGAGGCAGAGGCAGAGGCUUCGCGGAAACCGCACAAAAGCACCGCUAUCAACUCUCAAAAUUCAAGGACAAGAAUUACGCAGUCACCGACCUCACCAUGGCUACCACCACCCUCAAGGGCCAGCCCUUUGACCGUCAGGUCCUCGAUUCCAUGCUGCGUCGGCGCAUGUUCUAUACCCCCUCCUUCGAAAUCUACGGCGGCACGGCUGGGCUCUAUGAUUACGGUCCUCCAGGUUGCGCGCUGAAUGCGAAUGUCAUUGACGCAUGGCGCAAACACUUCGUGCUCGAGGAGGAUAUGCUAGAGGUCGACUGCACAGCGUUGACGCCGGCCGAGAUUCUCAAAACCAGUGGCCAUGUUGACAAGUUCGCCGACUGGAUGUGCAAGGACCCAAAGAAUGGGGAUAUCAUUCGAGCUGAUCACUUUGUCGAGGAAAUCUUGGAGUCGCGACUGAAGGGGGAUAAGGAGGCAAGAGGUGUGAAGGUGGUAGAGAAGGAAGAGGAUCCCAAGAAGAAAAAGAAGAAGAACAAGGGUGCGAUCGAAGCUGUCAAGCUCGACGAUGCUGUCGUGACCGAGUACGAGGAAAUAUUGGCAAAGGUAAGGUUGUGCAUAUGAAGUGGGGGAGUCAUAGGGCUGAUUUCAGUAGAUCGACAACUACAACGGGGAAGAGUUGGGUGAGCUGAUCAAGAAGUAUGAGAUGAAGAAUCCUGCUACCGGUGUUCAACCUGAGCCCCCAGUUUCCUUCAACCUUAUGUUCCAAACAGCAAUUGGCCCUAGCAGUAAUGCACCUGGCUAUCUACGACCGGAGACUGCUCAAGGUCAAUUCCUUAACUUUGCAAAGCUCCUCGAGUUCAACCAGCAGCAAAUGCCAUUCGCUUCCGCGUCAAUUGGCAAGUCAUUCCGAAAUGAAAUCUCCCCACGUUCUGGUCUCCUCCGUGUUCGAGAAUUCCUGAUGGCCGAAAUUGAGCAUUAUGUUGAUCCCCAAGGUGGCAAGAAGCACGCACGAUUCCACGAAGUCGCGGAUGUUGAACUUGUUCUUUUGAACCGUCACACCCAACUGUCUGGCAAGACCAAUGUCGAGAGAGUCGCAAUUGGCAAGGCCGUUGCUGAUGGUACCGUCGAUAACGAGACCCUUGGUUAUUUCCUGGCUCGUAUUCAUCUUUUCUUGGAGAAGAUUGGUGUUGAUCAGACCAAGAUCAGAUUCAGACAACACAUGGCAAACGAAAUGGCACAUUAUGCAGCUGACUGUUGGGAUGCCGAGUUGCUCACCAGUUAUGGUUGGAUCGAGUGUGUUGGUUGCGCUGACAGAAGUGCUUAUGACUUGACGGUUCACGCAAAGAAGACCGGUGCACCAUUGAUGGUUCGCGAGAGAUUAGACACCCCCAUCAAAAUUGAGGAGUGGCAAAUUGAUCUUGACAAAAAGAAGUUUGGUCCUUUUUUUAAGAGGGAUGGUAAGAUAGUUGAAGCCGCUAUCGAGGCUAUCCCACAAGACAAGCGUGAGGCUUUUUCCCAAGCUCUCAAGGCCGAUGGUAAGAUCACUAUCGACGUUGAGGGUGUUGGCAAUGGCAAGGUCGAGAUUAGCAAAGACUUGAUUGUUAUUGAGCAAAGAACCCGAGUUGAAAACACAAGAGAGUACACUCCAAACGUCAUCGAGCCUUCAUUCGGUAUUGGAAGAAUUCUCUACUGUUUGUAUGAACACAACUACUGGACCCGUGGUAGCGAGGGUGGUGAUGAGGCUCGCGGUGUAAGUUUAUUUUUUCUAUUUAUUCAUCUAAUAGCUGACAAAAUAUAGGUGCUCUCCUUCCCUCCUGUGGUUGCACCAACAAAGGUUCUCCUCGUCCCUCUUUCCGCCCACGAAAGCUUCAAGCCUCUUCUCAAACACAUGUCCCUCAAACUCCGCAAAUUGGGUGUCUCUAGUCGCAUUGACGACUCCUCGGCCUCAAUCGGCAAACGAUACAGUCGAAAUGACGAGUUGGGAACACCACUUGGUAUCACCAUUGAUUUCCAGAGUGUCCAGGACAAAACCUAUACACUCCGAGAUCGCGACUCUACCAAGCAAGUUCGCGCUGAUGAAGAGACGAUUCUUAAGGCUAUCAAAUCGAUGGUUGAGGGCGAGAAAACUUGGGCGGAUAUUGAAAAGGAGUUACCUGCAUUUGAGGGCCAGGAAGCUGAUGUUCCAAUGAGAUAAGGAGGUCCACGUAUAUUGCGACA